AUGUCUUUUGGAGGCCAGACCCCCACAAUUAUUGUGUUAAAGGAAGGCACCGAUUCAUCACAAGGGAAGGGGCAGAUAAUAUCAAAUAUAAACGCAUGCCUAGCUGUCCAAGCUACAAUUCGGAGUACUUUAGGUCCAUAUGGUGGGGAUUUAUUGUUUGUAGACGGAAACGGCAAACAGACCAUCACAAAUGAUGGAGCGACAGUCAUGAAAUUGCUGGACAUCGUUCAUCCUGCUGCACGGAUCUUGACCGACAUCGCACGAUCGCAGGAUGCAGAAGUCGGUGAUGGAACCACAUCAGUUGUGGUUCUGGCUGGAGAAAUAUUAAAAGAGGUCAAAGACCAUGUUGACCAAGGAAUCAGCUCCCAAAUAAUAAUUAAAGGUUUAAGAAAAGCGGGUUCAAUGGCAGUCAAUAAGGUCAAGGAGAUUUCUGUCAACGCAACUGAGGGUAGUGAGAGAGAAACUCUAGGCAAGCUUGCGGCCACGGCGAUGAGUAGCAAGCUUAUCAAGAGAAAUACAACUUUUUUUACAAAGAUGGUAGUUGAUGCCGUUCUCUCUUUGGAUCAGGAUGAUUUGAAUGAAAAACUUAUUGGAAUUAAAAAAGUACAAGGUGGAUCUUUAACCGACUCUCUUUUCGUCAAUGGGGUAGCGUUUAAAAAGACCUUCUCAUAUGCCGGAUUUGAACAGCAACCUAAAUCAUUCAAGGAUCCGAAGAUAGCCUGCUUAAACGUUGAGCUUGAGCUUAAAUCCGAAAAAGAUAAUGCCGAAGUAAGGAUUGAACAGGUUUCGGAAUAUCAAGCUAUAGUUGAUGCCGAAUGGCAAAUUAUAUACAACAAAAUGGAAGCUUUAUAUAAGACCGGAGCCACGGUUAUUUUGUCAAAACUUCCAAUCGGCGACUUAGCGACUCAAUACUUUGCUGAUCGCAACAUAUUUUGCGCCGGCCGAGUUGCACAAGAUGAUCUAGAGCGUGUAAUACAGGCAACAGGUGGCUCUAUCCAGUCUACUUGUUCUGAUAUACAUCCCGAACAUCUCGGCACUUGUGGCUCAUUCGAAGAGCGUCAAAUUGGUAGUGAGAGGUUCAAUUUCUUUGAAGACUGCCCUGCUGCUCAAACAUGCACGCUCGUGCUUCGUGGCGGAGCCGAACAGUUUAUUGCAGAAGUUGAGCGAUCACUCCACGAUGCAAUCAUGAUUGUUAAACGUGCCAUAAAAAAUAACACGAUAGUCGCCGGUGGUGGGGCCUGUGAGAUGGAGGUCUCUGCUUAUCUGCAUAAAUACGCUGAUAAAAAUAUCUCCAACAAACAACAGGCCAUUAUCAAGUCUUUUGCAAAAGCCCUAGAGAUAAUCCCGCGCCAAUUAUGCGAUAACGCCGGUCUUGAUGCGACUGACAUUUUAAAUAAGCUUCGUGUGGAGCACCGCAAGGGCAAUAUUUGGGCCGGUGUUGACUUUGAACAGGAAGGAGUGGCGAAUAACUUUGAGAAAUUUGUAUGGGAACCGGCUCUAGUCAAGGUCAAUGCAAUUCAGGCCGCUAUCGAGGCAAGCUGUCUCAUCCUCAGCGUGGAUGAGACAAUUAAAAACGAAGAAAGCGCUCAACCUACUGCGCCGGGAAGGGCUCUACCGCCGGGUGCGGCACGAAGGGUAUUACGGGGUAGAGGUAGAGGUGUACCGAGAGGAUAG